AUGAAGCUCUCGAUAGUUGCGGGUAUUGCUUUUCUAGCAACGGUGGCAACAUGUCAGAAUUUAACGCAAGUUGUACAUACCGAUAAAGGACCUGUGCAGGGUUUUGUAACGACGACCGCGAUCUACAAUGUACCAUAUUCCGCCUUUUUAGGGAUUCCCUACGCGAAACCACCUGUGGGAGACCUCAGAUUCAAGGAUCCUGUUGAAAUAAAUCCUUGGACUAAUGUGUACAACGCCACAGACGAUCUUAAUUCGUGUCCACAAUUAUUGGAAGGCACAUACAGCGGAAGUGAAGAUUGCCUGCAACUGAAUGUAUACACUCCCAAGCUGGAUUUCACCAAAAACGCAACUCCGAAAGCGGUGUUAGUAUGGAUACACGGUGGUGGAUUCAUAAGUGGAGUCAAUUUUAAGAGUGUGUACGGCCCUGACCGAUAUAUUGAAGAAGAUGUCAUAAUGGUCGCGAUGAAGUACCGUCUUGGUCCUUUAGGAUUUUUGUCACUGGAUCAUCCUGACGCACGA